GUCUGCUGAUUUUCUAACCUGAAAAUGAUAAACAGCAGACGUUGACGUGAGUGUUGUUGGAAUAAUUCCACACGUUUAAUUUUAAAGUUUGUAAUCAAACAAAGUAUUUAUUGCUCUAUUCCUACGUUCAAUCCAACUUCAGUUUUUUUACUCCUUCUAGAAGUUGAAACUGUUACAAUGAAGAAGUUGUCGGAGCUACGACCAGACAAAAGUCUACUGAAUCCAAACUUCAACGGCUACAAGCUAUCCUUGGCAAGCAUACCAUCCUAUAAUCUUGCCUUCGAAAAGGGCGUUGAUCAAGUAUCUCCUAGUGAUGAUCAAUAUUCGUUCCUUUAUGCAAAACUGUUCAGCCUCCAUAACUACUUAAUUGCGGAUAAAUGGAACGAGGGUCACUUAUAUUUCAUCGAUAAAGACUGGAAAAUUCAAAAAAUUGUCAUGAACGAAUCAGAUUUGGUGGAGAAAACAGAAGCCGUAUGGGAAAUUCCAAGCAAUCACAAACGAGCACCCGGUCACUACUUCCCUUCUAUAUCGUUUCCGUCUCAAGACUUGGCUGUGGUAGCGGAUGGAGCUGGGACACUUCAUAUUAUUUCCAGGAAGACAACUUGGGAGGCGAACUAUAGUGAGGAGGUGAUCGGAAAGGAAACGCCUUUUGUUGUGUAUGAUAGUCAGUGUGAGGAAACCGAUUCUCAAUGUGUCCUUCACUGUUUGGUUGUACAUGUGAAAUCAGAAGAAGAUCCCAAGGAAGGUGAUCCAUCCAAUCGUUAUGUGACCGUUAUCGACUGGUUAUCAUUGCUACAAGAAUCUUCUGGAAGCUGGUCGAUGAAAAAUAUCCGUCAGUUACAAGGUUCUGGGUUACCAGACUAUAUAACCUUGGAACCUGGAUGCAAAAACAUCUACUUGGUAAAUGAGUCUCCUUUCAAGUUUAUAUCUGACUCAGAAAAUCCAGUCGUUGUUGAAGAGAUUGACGACAAGAAGAGCAAUAUUCCAGAUUCUGAAAAAUUGUACAAGUGGCAGCAGAAUGAUGAAGAAAUCAAACUAUCAUUCGAGUUUGAGAACAAAAUAGAGAAAAGUGAAAUCAAAAUUAUAGCUACCUGUAACAACUUUUCGCUCAAAUACAAAGAGAAGCUCAUUCUGUCGGGAUCGCUAUUUCAUCGCAUUGAUAACGAUUUAACAUUGUGGACACUACAAGAUAACAAGUUAGAAGUGACUGUACAGAAAGAAGAAAAAGGGACUAUGUGGAGAGAAUUUGUGACAGGUGACAGUCACGGAGAAGAGGUUCUCGAUGAAAGUGUGGUCAGUGAAGUACAUCAGAGGCUGUCUCAUCUCUGUUCAGAUACUCCGGUAAGAGUAAAGGAUAUCGAUGUGUGUGGCUCUGCCCCGUCCUUCAACAUGGAACAAUUGGAGGACUGUGAUAGCACACCUGGAGAGUACAAAGUCCUCAUGAGGGUGGACGGUGUCACUCAUGAAAUAACUGGCGAGAUAGGGGCUUCUAAUAUUAACCGAACUUUGUUUAUCCAUCAGGUAAAGGAUAUCGAUGUGUGUGGCUCUGCCCCGUCCUUCAACAUGGAACAAUUGGAGGACUGUGAUAGCACACCUGGAGAGUACAAAGUCCUCAUGAGGGUGGACGGUGUCACUCAUGAAGUCACUGGCGAGUACACACUAGCAGGCCACCAAUGGCUGUUCAGCAUUGAGCAGUCGACCAGUUCAGCAGCCGCCAUUUGCAUACGCCACGAUGUCGACGCGUGCGUGUGGCAGCCUCGAGCGGUCACCAAUCCACCGGCGGCACCGUGGCCAUGUCAGCACAUCGGCACCUUCUAUGCGUUCGGCUAUGUGCAGGCUUCGAAGCAGAACAAGAAGUUCCUGCUCAGUCCGCCAGUUUCUCAGCAACAUUUUGGACAUGGUGUUUAUAGGAUAGAGUGCGGUCAAGCGUAA